AUGCUGAAGCACUUCACUAAUGUUGCCGGAGUGGCUAAAUGGUUCCCCCAUCGGGUACUUUCUGGUAAUCACGGUCACUGUCUCAGCCAAAGGCGUUAUUCUUCUUCGAAAUCCGAUCUGGAUGUCAUCAUCAAAAAGAUGAAGUUUCGAAGAUAUAGGUGCUUUGAGAAGCUCGAAGAGCCUCCAUCUGGUUUGGAACCGCUGAGGACUAUGUAUGAAGAACUAGAUGCAGUUCAUGUUCGAAAGCGUCAACCGCACUUGUUAUUUCUGAGAAGUGAACUUGUUCUUCAGAGGCUGGAGUACCUUAAGCCGUCAGGGUUAUUAGCUCGACAAAAAAGGAAGCUCUUGGAAAGAUCUCCCCCGGUUCUUGUACUCGCUGAAGAUUCUCAAAAAAGAGGGGGGUUAAAUUAUCUCAAAGGAGUUAUUCGUGUCCAGAAUGACGGCUUAGAGGAGAAAGUACAUUUGAUGCAUCCAUGUUCUAGACUGCUAGUAAUGCGAACGUUCGAUCUUGAGAAUCGUGUUAAGUCUAUCAUGGAAGAGCUGCGAAUGGCUCAGCGAUCAGCCUUGAAAAUGCUGCUGGAACUGCCAAGCUUUUUGCUACAUACUAUUCCAGACAAGUGUGUUGUCCUACACAAGUAUAAUCUCCCUGAGNGGGUACUUUCUGGUAAUCACGGUCACUGUCUCAGCCAAAGGCGUUAUUCUUCUUCGAAAUCCGAUCUGGAUGUCAUCAUCAAAAAGAUGAAGUUUCGAAGAUAUAGGUGCUUUGAGAAGCUCGAAGAGCCUCCAUCUGGUUUGGAACCGCUGAGGACUAUGUAUGAAGAACUAGAUGCAGUUCAUGUUCGAAAGCGUCAACCGCACUUGUUAUUUCUGAGAAGUGAACUUGUUCUUCAGAGGCUGGAGUACCUUAAGCCGUCAGGGUUAUUAGCUCGACAAAAAAGGAAGCUCUUGGAAAGAUCUCCCCCGGUUCUUGUACUCGCUGAAGAUUCUCAAAAAAGAGGGGGGUUAAAUUAUCUCAAAGGAGUUAUUCGUGUCCAGAAUGACGGCUUAGAGGAGAAAGUACAUUUGAUGCAUCCAUGUUCUAGACUGCUAGUAAUGCGAACGUUCGAUCUUGAGAAUCGUGUUAAGUCUAUCAUGGAAGAGCUGCGAAUGGCUCAGCGAUCAGCCUUGAAAAUGCUGCUGGAACUGCCAAGCUUUUUGCUACAUACUAUUCCAGACAAGUGUGUUGUCCUACACAAGUAUAAUCUCCCUGAGGGCUACAGCUUAGAUCAGCAUACAGCCAAGGUCUUUCCGCCUGUUUUAUCAAAUAACAUUGAAAUCAAUCCAAGAUUAUUCAGACAGGAUUCAGAUGAGAAACUGGCUCAGAGUUUUCCAAAAUUGAUGCUUGCUGAUUUGUUAGAUUAUUCUUUUGCAAAGCAGUUUGGAGAAGGACAACCAGAGGAUCUGACUAAGUUUCUCAUCAAAGCUGAAAAGAGAGAACUCCGUGAAAAGUAUAACAAAGUCUUGUAA